CCUGCUGGGAUCCAGGAGCGCUUCUGGCCGCUCGGCGCACGGCUCGGCAGGUCUCGCGGCGGCACGCGGCACGCUCGCUCGAUGGCCGUCCGCGCGGCAGCUUCUCGGCGGUCUGCUGCAGUGGGCCCCUGGUGGAAAGCAUCUCGGUGUCGAGGCCACGGAGCCAACGCGAGCAGGAAGGAGCAGAGAAGACAAAAAGAGACCGAAGGCGAGAGUGCCAUGAAGCUGCUUCUUCCAGACGACAGAGCGACACCAAGGGAAUGUCGGCGGAACUGCGCAGCAACUCUGGCUGACACUGCCGGGGGGGUCGCGCCCCAAAAUCCACCACUUUCGACAGAAGCAUCCUGCUGAAGGGCGCACAAACCCAUGGACCAACGGGCGACCACAAUUCUAUUCACUGCGCAAUAUGCAAUGGACACUCUGUGGCCGACUCCUGAUCAACAACAACAACACUGCCCAAGUCGGAAUUCGAGCGACGCGCAUGCUGCGCAUUGCAGAAUGCGAGCAACGCGAGCGACAAAUCGCGCAUUGCAGGUGAAGCCCAGGACAAGUGGGAGCGAAGGGUAGAACAUCUCAACUGCAGGAGCAGAGGUCCAGAAGAGGGGGGGAGAUCUCCGGAGAGAGCCACGUCAACAAUGCCACGACGUAGAAAAAGUGCGAUCGCUAUGGGCCUAUCUCGGGCCGGACCACUGAGGCAGUGCAGCAGAACCCGCUAUUGGCGGCGAAUGCGAAUACACUAGGUAUAAACAAAGCUCGCAUGGCUGCUGGCCUCCACAAAGAACCUCAAUCUGGAACGGUUCACGAACGAGGUCCAAUUCCAACCGGGUCGUUUUGUCGACGAUCUCGUGUCGCCAAAACCCCGCGUCGUGAUGCUUGUCACAACGCGAGGAGAUCUGGGCAAACACCAGCACCAAGCCUCCACAGGCUGCUUUGGGCAUGAGAUCUUGGUGCGCGUCGGCUCCAUGGCAGGCUCCAGAGACCUGAAACAAGAGAACAUGAACCAAUACAAGAAAAGAGGAAGCAGCGCUCCCCCACCCCUCCCGAAGUCUCUGGAGGCCUUCCGCGGUCCAGCACCAAGCCCCCAAAAAAACAAUGAUGGUGAUGGUGAUGGCACGCUCACCACGGCGGUGACUGCCAACAAGCUUGGAAGCCAGAGAAAGGACACGGGGAGAGGAGGAGGAGGAGGAGGAUAAGGAAGAGAAGGAGAAUGAGAGAGGGCGCGGCUUCCAUCAGAGCUUUGGCUUCAGUCUAGCUGCAACUCAAAAUCCAACGGGCGGUGGUCAUUCUCACCCGCCAGGGCCACUCGAACUGGCGUCGCGGCCGCCAUUGAUACGGCCGGAAAACAAAAAAUAGCAGCAAGGAAGCAGACUCUCAGGGCCCCAUUGCCCACGCUCCCGCGGCCGCGCUCCUAUGCCGCCC